AUGCCAAAUAACAAAGAUGUUGCUAUAAAAUCUAGCGGCGGUAAGAAAAUAAGAGAAGCACGCGUUAAAGUAAGAUCGGAUAGUUUAUAUAAUUUAACAACUGCGGUUGAGAGAUUAAAAUCCGCUUCUUAUGUUAAAUUUGAUCCAACCUUAGAAAUAGUUAUGAAGCUUGGAAUUGAUCUAAGACAUUCUGAUCAAAUGGUACGUGGUGUAGUGAAUUUACCAGCAGGAACAGGUAAGACUGUAAGAGUUGCCGUUAUUUGUAAAGAAGAAAGAGAAGAAGAAGCUAAAGCUGCUGGUGCAGAUUUAGUAGGCUCAAGCAAUAUUAUUGAUGAAAUUAAAGCUGGUAAGAUCAAUUUCGAUGAAUGUAUAGCUACUCCCGAUAUGAUGGCAGCUAUAGGUUCAGUUGCAAGAAUUUUAGGACCAAAAGGUUUAAUGCCGAAUCCUAAACUCGGGACUGUGACAUUAGAUAUUAAGGGUGCUGUUAAGAAUGCUAAAAGCGGUCAAGUAGAAUAUAGAGCAGAAAAAGCAGGUAUAAUUCACGCACAUCUUGGAAAAUUAUCUUUUUCAGAUCAAGAUUUAUUAAAAAAUUUGAAAGCGUUUAUUGAUGCAGUAGUUAAAGCAAAACCUACUGGAGUGAAAGGAAGUUAUUUAAAAGCAAUAUAUUUAUCUUCUACUAUGGGUGCAUCAGUACAAAUAGAUUUAGCUAGUAUAGCAUAA